AUGUGGAAUCCUUUUACGCAAAAUUUCAAUACCUUACCCCCAAAACAAGUUGAGCAAUCCGGUAAGUCAAGGGAAUAUUCUCUUGGGUAAGAGGUAAAAAAUGUUUCUUUUUCUUUUCGCUUGUUCAGAACAGUAUCUCUUUUUGGAAGCAAACAAGCUAAGGGGAAUUCAAAACUCUGUGCAUUCACUCUGUUUGUUUGAAAAAAAUUUGGAGUCGCUGCGCCCUUGAUUGCUGAGCCCCAACUUGUGCCUAAUGCGCUAGAGAGAGAAAGAUGGCAAAAGACACAAAUACAAACACCUUAUCAAUUGGGCUGCAUAAGAAUACAAUCACGUCAUGUUACUUGAAGAUUGGGACGGGAUUGGUUGUUCUGUUCGUAUGUGACGGGAGUGGUGAUUUAAGCCUCGAUUUCCGCCGUUUUCUCGAUCCGAUCUUCGAUCCUCCUGAAGUGGUUGAGCGCGGGCUCAUCCCCGAACAGGGGCUUGUAGACUGAGCGAUAUUAGAGUGGCUAAUAUUUUACUUUAUCUUUCACAGGUUCCGAAGAUACUCAGUCCCUCAAUGUGGGGAGGAUUGAGUUACCAGGAGGAGGGUUCAUUCAGAAGCCUGUGUCAGAGCCACAGCCAGCAGAUUCUGCAGUUAAUAUUGAGUUACCGGGAGGAGGGUUCAUUCAGAAGCCUGUGUCAGAGCUGCGACAAGCACCUGCAGAUUCUGCUGUUAAGAUUGAGUUACCAGGAGGAGGUUUCAUUCAGAAGCCUGGGUCAGAAACACAACAAGCACCCGCAGAUUAUGCAGUUAAGAUUGAGUUACCGGGAGGAGGGUUCAUUCAGAAACCUGGAUCAGGACCAAAACAAGCACCUACAAUUAGUGCAGUUCCCCCCACGUGCUUCCAGUUUAACCCUGUUCCUAUUCCCCCGUAUGUUCAGGCGGAUGAGUUUGAAACUCCUGAGGUAGGUACAUAGAGAGAAAUACUCAUUGAGCUAAAUUUAUGCAAUAAACCCAUUCGUUUUUAUUUCUGACGGACUAACACAAACCAUGAAAUCAGAUUGAGGCUAACUUAUUAAAAAGCGCAAUUGUUACGCGCUCCAGGCGUAUUUAUUUACGGUGCGCGCGUUUUGAACGCAUUGUUUGAAAUUAACAGAGACACUAAAAAAGAUCUAAGCUUUAUUCCUAAUUGGAGACGAUCCAUGUGACCAGUCAUUUGUUUAUCACGGGGGUGGGGGUGGGGGGAGAGGGUUCGGAUGGGAUCACAUAGUUUUCAGGGGGGACGGAGUGGGGAUCAGUCGUCGCUAACAGAGUAUAAACUCGGGAACUUAAGAAUAUUGACUGCCAAUGAGUGGGGAUUAAUAAAAGACUACGGAGGGGAGGAUCAGUAAAUUUUAUUGUGACCAAACCAAAAUUCACCGAACUUCCCCUCCCCUCACCCAAGUGAUAAAAAAAUAACCGGUCUCUGUUUGAUUUUUUUUUACAGGAGAGGUUAUCGCUCUUGAAUAAACUGGACAUGGUGUUGGAGGAGAGAGAAGAACGCAAAAGGGAAUUAGACGAGCUGUGUGCUCAAGGCAAGAAACUUGAACAAACCCUGUACGAAUUGAAUGUCGCUUUGGACUUUCACACCAAUGAGAUGAUGGAACUUACAGACACCCUUCGAGCAAAGAAAGAACAAAUGAAAUAUAGAAUUCAGAGCAAAAGAACUGAUAAUGCCAAGCUGCAAGGAAUUAUUCAGCAAUUACAGCUGGAGGAGACCAAGAAUGCAAGCUACAAAGUGAUGGCGACUGAAAGCAAGAUUUUGAAAGGCCAAAUUUCAAAGGCUAAUGAAGAGAAAAAAGUCCUGAGGAAAAAAAUAGACGAGUUGGACCAUACAGCUGAUGAAAUGGAACUGAGAAGUAAAAUUAUCGAACAGGAGGAGAUAACACUCGAGAAAAACCUGAUCGCCUAUGUCCAGCAACUAGCUGAGAAUGGUGACCUCAAACAGCAGUAUGAUAGUUCUCUUUACGUGGUAAGUAUGCACUUUUUAAGCAAAAGACAACGCCACCCAAAUUAGAAAAAGCCUCUUAGACUAAGAAGAACCAAACUGUUAGUAAGCGAAUUUCGAUAGAGCACCUUAAUACCAAAAUCAAGGUAAUCACAACGAUUAAUUAGUAAAACGCAAAAUAGGAAGAGGAAAUCUCACCCGGAAUCUUCCCCUUAUAAAAAAAACUUUCCCAGAAUCCCCUCUAACCAAAAACCUCAUCCAGAAUCUUUCCCCCUCUAGUCUUAUCCUAAGACUGUGUACUAUUGCGGAGAUCUAUAGUAUCUAAUCGACCGCUCCCGGGCCUUACUUUCGCAGUUUGAUGACGACCCAUACGGUUUUGUGAACACCAUAACAGUACAAGAUCAGACACACCUCGAGCCUCAACAGAGUCUUCCUCAUCAGCCGCCUCAAGAGGUGACCCCACAGAUUUCUGACGAUGAACUUGCGGAGGAACCUGCCAUAAACAAAGCCGACCAUCAAGUUGAAGAAGUUGAAGACCCUGAAAAGAUCGAAGUCCUUGGAGAUAACGGCGUACUUAAACCAAAAGUUAAGAAGGUCCGUUGAAUAAACGAACUAAUAGAAAAAGGUUCCAAUAAUUCGUUUGAGAAUGGUCUCAUUUUCUGACAUAAUCCAAGCCCAUUAGGUAAAGCUUAGAAAAUCCGCAUUUAUAUCUCUAGCAAAUCAGAUUGAUUUCGAAAAGCACAGUAUUAGACUAAAGAAUUCGGGAACACGAGGAAAUUUUUCCUUUGCAAGAUAAAGAACACUCUUAAACAAUGAGAAGUAGCGAUCCUCUAAGCCCAAUAGGUCAGUAGUUAAGUGGCUACUAACAGCAGCUAAAGACUUGUGCAUCUUGAAAAAUUUGGCCAAGAUUCUGCAAGCUUAUCAUAUGCAACCUUUCUCAAUAUUGUUCAUCGUUAGCCAUCCUUGAUCUGUCUUGGUUUAUCACUGUCUCUUACGUGUUUUCCUGUCCUACUGAAGAAAUAAUUUGUAGUCUCUUUCGAGUUGACGGUAGUUUUGAUCAGCGAAGGUAGUCGUAUUCCCUUCGCAACCGGAAGCAUAUCUGUGACAACCGGAAGUACGUCUGCAACCGAAAGCUAUAUGGAACAUUUUAACCAUUAUCAUUGUAAUCACCGUUCUCAUAUUCUAUUGCAGGGUGGAUUUUUCUCCAGACUACGGAAAGUAUUUCGAAAAAAACCGAAACAAAGCUCUAAAAGAGAUAAACGGGGCAAGAAAGAACGCAAUAAGAACGUUAUUAACGAUCCCGAGCCCACUAAGAUAGUCAAUGAGGUUACUGAUGAAGAUAACGUAGUUCUUCACCUCGCCACUGAACUGGGAAGAGAAACAUUGGCUCAAGAAAUGAAUGAACGCCACGAGACAGUGACGAGACUUUGA